ACCAUGUUCAGUUUUUUCCUUCUAUAAAAAUAAAAACAUUGGGUUUCUACUCAUUCUCUUCUUUGGUAAUAGCGAAAAUACCAAAAUGGCGAACAACGAAAGCAUCAGAAGUAUGACAAGUUGUUAUGUUUUUAAAAGCCGAUUGCAAGAGUAUGCCCAGAAAGUUGGACUUCCUACCCCUGUUUAUGAGACUAUCAAGGAAGGCCCUUCUCAUGAGCCUACAUUUACGUCUACAGUGAUUGUGGACAAUGAUAGAUAUGAUUCUCUGCCUGGAUUUUACAAUCGCAAGGCAGCGGAGCAAUCAGCUGCUGAAGUUGCACUCAUGAGUCUUGGAAAUUCUGGGUCAGUGGAAAACCUUUCUCAGCCAGUGCAUGAAACAGGCUUGUGCAAAAAUUUGUUGCAAGAGUAUGCUCAGAAGAUGAAUUUUGCAAUCCCACAAUAUGAAUGCGAGAGGUAUGACUCCGAAAGCAAAAUUAUAUCAUUUACAUGUACUGUUGACGUAGGGGGAAUGAAAUAUAUUGGAGCAGCAGCUAGAACGAAGAAGGAAGCAGAGAUCAAAGCUGCUCGAACUGCAUUGUUGGCUGUUCAGUCUAGCGGUUUUGCGCCUAAUUAUUCUUCAUACACUGUCGUUCCAAUGAAGAAGGUCACAGAUUUGGCAAUCAGCAAUCAGGAGAGUGCAGCAGCUCUGAAACCAAAGAAACACAGAUUCAAGAAAAAGCAGACAAGGAAUUUUUCAGAUGUCAGUUAUCAUGUACGCACAAAGAUUUUUGGUGACUCGGAAGUUCAGAUGGUAAAUCAAGCUAAACCAGAGAUGCAUGAAAAUGCUGCUGUGAUGACUCCAGGUACAGGAUCUGGACCUGCACCUUUUGCAGGCACUAUGGGUGAUCUAGUUCCAUCCAACAAUUUGAGUUCUGAUUAUGGAACUUCAAAUAUUGGAAUCAACUCUCAGUGUGGUGGAGGAGUAACGACUGAGGGAAAUGCCGUUAUUGGAGUUGAUUAUGGAACUUCAAAAAUUGGAAUCAACUCUCAGUGUGGUGGAGGAGUAACGACUGAGGGAAAUGCCGUUAUUGGAGUUGAGCAGGUAACUUUAGAGGUGGCACCAGUUGCUUGGAACGACAAUCUUCAUGUACAGGACCUGCACCUUUUGCAUGAAAAUGCUGCUGUGAUGACUCAAGGUACAGGAUCCGGACCUGCACCUUUUGCAGGCACUAUGGGUGAUCUAGUUCCAUCCAACAAUUGUGGUUCUGAUUAUGGAACUUCAAACCUUGGAAUCAACUCUCAGUGUGGUGAAGGAGCUACAACCGAGGGAAAUGCCGGUAUUGGAGUUGAGCAGGUAACUUCAGAGGUGGCACCAGUUGCUUGUAACGACAACCUUCAUGUGCUAUAGAUGCAGAUCAAGGACGACAUACAAACAUGGAGGCAGAAAUAUCUUAAAACAUGUUCGUUUUGCAGGAUUAGCUAUAUCAGAUGGUGGGAAGAAGGACAGUUUUAGAUUAUAGAGAAUACAUAGGCCGCUCAAAAAAAAAUUCGCGAGUUGGUUAAGCUUUUCAUUGGAACAUCCAGAUUGAAAGAGUUGUUGACGGCGUGCUUUCGCCAGAGUGUUAUAACUUUUAUAGUUACUAGUACAUGCCAAAUGUGUGGUGUAGUUGCACAGUCUCAGGUGCAUGAAUCAGUCUUGACAUUACUUGGUUUACUUCAUUUGCUUGAACAUUUGAUGAGGUAACCUGUUCUAUGACAAUAUUUAAGUAUUUAUGCUGUUAUUUACAAUUGGAAGAAGUAACAUAUUAGCAGUUACCAGUCUUUUA